AGUAAGCAGUAGUUUUUUUAAAUGUUCUUUUAAAACAACAUUUUAACAUUCUAUAAACCUAGGCUAUUCAGAAGUAACUUUCAGUGUAAAAUAAAUCCUGACCUGUGAAACCUGGCAAUCAUAAAGUGUCUGAUUGCAAUUUUUUUAAAAUACUUUUUUUUUUUUAUCAAACAAACCUCAAUGAAGUCCGACGUUCAGAGUGUCCAGCAUUACACAAGCAGGAGGCGAAGUCUGAUUGAAGACGCCAGGAAAGAGAAAGAGGCGGGAUCUCCAACAUCCACCAACACAGAGGACGGUCUGGUGUUCGAACUAGAGAACGAGAGAGUCACCUUAAAUAUAUUCUUUACUCUCAGGAAUGCAAAAAACGCAGGUUUAUCAAAAACUGGCAAAGUUUUCGAGACAUGUGAAUCCAGGAUUCAUCACAUUGAAACCCGACCAACCAAAAAAUCAAAAAACAGCGUGGAAGAUCUGGAAUUCUUUAUAAGAUGUGAGGUGCACAGUUCCGAUAUCAACAUUUUAAUAAAUUCACUCAAAAGAGUAGCCGAUGACGUGAAAACUAGCAGAGAAGAGAAAGUACCCUGGUUUCCAAAAAAGAUAAGAGAUCUGGACAAAUGCCAUCAUUUAAUUACCAAAUAUGAUCCAGACCUAGACCACGAUCACCCCGGCUAUUCUGACACGGAAUACAGAAAAAGGAGGUCGUUCAUUUCAGAAUUAGCUUUCAACUACAGAGAGGGUGAACCAUUGCCGAGAGUUGAAUACACACCAGAGGAAAUCGCUAUUUGGAGAGAAGUUUACCACACUCUAAGCAAUAUAUACCCUACACAUGCCUGCAAACAAUAUUUGGACGCAUUUCAACUACUAGAAAAGCAUAGUGGAUAUAGAGAGGACAAUAUUCCGCAACUUCAAGACGUCUCCAGAUUCCUUAAAGAAAAGACUGGGUUCCAGUUACGACCAGUUGCGGGGUUGCUGUCUGCAAAAGAUUUCCUGGCAAGCCUGGCAUUCCGUGUCUUUCAGUGCACUCAGUAUAUCAGGCAUGGUUCCUCGCCCAUGCAUUCACCGGAACCUGAUUGCUGUCACGAGCUUCUAGGGCAUAUCCCAAUGUUGGCAGACAAAGAAUUUGCACAGUUUUCACAGGAAAUUGGGCUGGCCUCACUGGGAGCUUCAGAUGAGGACAUUGAGAAACUUUCAACUCUAUACUGGUUCACAGUUGAGUUUGGACUCUGCAAACAAAAUGGGGUCAUAAAAGCAUAUGGGGCUGGCCUUCUAUCCUCCUAUGGAGAACUUUUGUAUGCUCUAUCUAAUGAGCCUGAAUACAAACCUUUUGAUCCUGAGACAACUGCAGUACAGCCAUACCAAGACCAGACUUACCAACCUGUUUAUUUUGUCUCAGAAAGCUUUGAAGAUGCAAAAACCAAAUUACGACAGUAUUCUUCAAAGAUCAAGAAAGCUUUCUCGGUUCGUUAUGAUCCCUUUACCUGUAGUAUUGAGGUUCUGGAUAAACCUCAGAAAGUGAAGAAUGCACUCAAUCAGAUGAGAGAUGAGCUGAAGAACCUCUGCUUUGCUCUGGAAAAGCUAAGCUGAGCUGAACGCCAUCUCCAUGGUCAAAAAUAUAUUGUAAAAAUGUGCUUAGUAAACCAUGUUCUGUAUAGUUUUAAAUGGUUUUACUUUGUGUUAAGGAGCUCCACUGCAGCCACUGAUGAUAGCAUUAAAAUAUUGUAAUUCACUAGAAGAACAACAAAACAUAGAUGAAUGAACCCUUUACACUUAACCCACCAUUCCCAUGCCAUGAUUGUUAAUAAGUUAAAACUAUUAGAAACAAUGUAAAGUAGAUACAAGUUCUGUUGAAGUGUCUUUUAGUUGUUCUAAAUGUAUUGUCUACAGGAUUUAGGGUUCUACUUGUUAAGUAUUAAUGUGCCAGCAAAUACAUUGUUGCCCAUCAUCACUAAUGCUAUAUGACACGGCCGUGCUAUCUUAGAAUUUGUGAUCCAUUUUUAAAGAUGGGUGAAUGUUAGCAACCACUGCCUGGUCCUUUUUGCUUCACAUUAAAAGUUAUUUCUAUGUGUAGCAGGUGGGACAUUACGACCCUGGGGAGGUGGUUUAGCCUUAGCCUUAGAUUAGUGGUUAAUUAUCACCUAAUUGCUUUUACCUAUAAAACGCCAGGUCUGGCUGCCUUUAGGAAAGGCUGCUUAGUUUCUUUAAUCCUCUCCUCCUGGUCUGCUGUGUUUUCCGAUCGGAGUUCCAUGUGCGGAUUGGUAAAUUGACUGCGCCACUUCAUCCAGUGCAAUUUCAUUUUAUUGCUUAAUGGUUUGUUUGUUUUAAAUGUGCUUUUUAAUCUUGCCUCCUGUUUGUUUAGGAUGUACGUGUCUGUUUGUUUGCACCAUCUGGAGGUACUGUUUUAUUUAUAUAUAUAUUGAUUUCUUUAUAAACUGUGGGUGGUAUUAUUUUGUAAUCCUUGUUGUUUGUGUUUCUCUUACCGUUGUUUUGUAUUUUAUUUGAUUGUUAAAUUGUAUUUACUGUAUACUGCUUCUUUUGACAGUUUGUUUAUUUAUUUUUGUUUCUUUGAUUUUCUCUCUCUUACUAGUGUGCGCUGUUACGGUGCCUAGCUCACCGACUAAAUAUUAAUACUAAACAAUUCUCGUUGAGAAUACCCUUACAAAAGCUACCGAAGAUGGUUUUACUCUGGGUGUUGGAACUCUUUUCCUCCAACUGCACUAUCAAUCAGGAUAAACUGUCACUUUAAACUGAGUUUGUGUGCACGUUAUCAUUUGAUUAUUAUGGUUUAAAGAAUUGUAUUGUGGUUUGCUUUGGUUUUGCUUGUGUUUGAGUUUUACUUUACUUGUUCACUUUGUUUUUGUUGUGUGUGUGUGUGUGUGUGUGUGUGUGUGUGUGUGUGUGUGUGUGUGAAUUUAUUUUUUCUAUUUUGAAGUUUACCUGAUCGGUGUGUGGUCAGAGGGAGUCUCUAAUAGAGCUACAGCUUACAUUCUCGGCACAUUUUGAUGAGCAUAAACAUACCUUUGUUAGCUAGUAAAGAAGAUUCUGUCUGAUACCUGAUUCAAUUCUUAUUUCACUCGAUA